GCUGCCACGUGACCCGGCUGUCAAAACAUGGCGGCCGCCUACUGGCUGGGUGACGAACGUUAUCUGACAAAGGGAACAAACUGACGCCCUCCCGCUUGGUCCGUCCACAUGACAACAUAAUAACGCGGAACAGAAGGUUAUUGUGCAAAGAGCACGUGAGUGUGUGAAGGUUCAACCCAGGAAGCAGUGAAUGAGAGGCGGUCCAGAUGAAGAAGUGAGAGACGCCGGCGGCCUACGUCGAUCGCGACCCUUGGCGAUGAGCGCGCACGUGGACCCGGUCGCGGUGGAGUCGGCCGUGGUGUCGGCCGUGGUUCUGUGCGUCCACGCGGCGGUGUGGAACCAGCACUCGUGGUGCGCCGUGGCGCUGGUCAUCCAGGCCUUCUGCGUGCAGCACAAGUGGGACCGGCUGCUCAAGUCGGGCGCCGCCGUGUUCCAGUUCCGCCCCGCCGCCAACAGCGGCAUCGUCCCGGCCUCGGCGGUGAUGCCGCUUCUGGGUCUGGUCCUGCGGGCCAAGUGCGCCUCUGCGGGCAGCGUCCACCUGGAGCGCUUCUCCAUGGUGGUGACGGUGAGCGGCAUGGUCCUGGCGCUCUUCCUGUCCCUGAUCGCGUUGGGCAUCACGCGGCCCGUGCCCACCAACACGUGCGCGGUGGCCGGCCUCUCGGCCGCCGCCAUCUUGUACACCGCCAAGCAGACUCUGACGGUGUCGGAGGUGAUCGAGGUUCUGGAGGUGCUCCUGAUCUUCGUGUACCUCAGCCUGAUCGUGCUGUACCUGCUGCCGCGCUGCUUCACGCCCGGCGAGGCGCUCCUGGUGGUGGGCGCCGUCAGCUUGGUGGUCAACCAGCUCAUCAAGCGCUCGCUGAACUGGGCCGAGGCCAAGGGGGGCGACCCGGUCAACUACCUGCUGCCCGUGCUGGUGGCGGGCUCGCUCCUGCUGGGCGUGGUCUUCGCCCUGCUCUUCUGCUUCAUGGAGUCGGAGACGUGGGUGUCGUCGCUCUUCUUCCACACCAUGACGGCCGUGCUGGGCCUGGGCGUCCUGGUGCCGUGGCUCUCGCUCUUCGUGGGGCGCCAUCCCAUCACAUGGUUGUGGGACUUCGUCACCUUCAACCGCCGCCGCCUGGAACUCGUGGCGUACUGGGCCGCGCUGUGCUUGGCCGCCACCUGCGUGGUGCUGCAGCAGAACUACCAGCGGCGCGCGGGCUCCAAGAAGCACCGGGCCUCCACGGUGGUGCGCAAGUACUUCCACGUCCUGGCGGUGGCCACCUUCGUCCCGGGGCUCCUGUACGACCGCCGGCUACUGCACGUGGCGUCGGUGGGCUGCCUGGCCGUCUUCCUCUUCCUGGAGUACGUGCGCUACUUCCGGAUCAAGCCGCUCGGCCGACCUCUGCGCCGGCUCCUCACCUUGUUCCUGGACGAACGCGACUCGGGCCCGCUCAUCCUCACCCACAUCUACCUUCUGCUGGGCAUGGCGCUGCCCGUUUGGCUCUUCCCGGGGGCGUGCGCGUCCAAGGGGACGCUCCCCGGGGCGGGCGGCCUGGUGCCGUACGCCGGCGUGCUGGCGGUGGGCGUGGGCGACACGGUGGCGUCGGUGUUUGGAAGCACGCUGGGCGAGAUCCGGUGGCCGGGCACCAACAAGACCGUGGAGGGCACGGCCACGUCGGUGUUGGCCCAGAUCGUCGGCGUGGCCGUGUUGCUGAUUUUCGACACGAGCGUGGACCUCGACGGCGCCUACUCGUGGAUCUUUGGCUCGGUGGCGCUGGUGGCCGUGCUGGAAGCGUACACGUCGCAGAUCGACAACCUGCUGCUGCCGCUCUACCUGCUCAUCCUGCUCAUGCUCUGACGCGGGAAACGCGGCGUUUCGCUUCCCACCAGAGGGAGCCUGCGUGUGAUGACCACGAUUUGACCGUGUUGCUCGUACAUUCGCAAUUCUGUGACCAAGCUCGUAACGCAAUUUACUCGUACAACAAAUCAAAUUUCACCAUUGACAUGAACUGAAACGCCAUGAAUCUGUUCCAGCCUCCGAAACACUUUUUGGUUUUAUGUUGUGUUUUUGAUAGAAGUAAAAUAGCACAGUAUUGUAAAGUAAAUACUAAAACAUAAUGUAAUAAUAAGGGAGGAAGACCAAAAGUAGUGCGGACGUUGGGAACGAAUGAAAGAAAGAAAGAAAGAAAAGAUGGGGUGAGGUCUUCCCGUUCAAAAAAAAAAAAAAAAAAAAAGUAGGUUGCGGUUGACUGUGAAAAGAGAAUUUGUCAUUUGUGUGAAAAGUACUGAAGAUAUUUGACAAUUGAACAAGUUUUUGAGCGGCCACCUGGAAAGGCUGUUUUGCAUUUUAGGUUCAUCCUGACAUUUCACCCAAUAUCCCAAACUUUCCGUAAGUAGUGUACGAUUCUGUUUAUUGUUAUUUAUUCCCAUGCUGUCUUCCCAAUCAUAAGAAAAGCCUUUAAAUUGGGUUGAUGCCAUGACGGCAUGGAAGUGUUUAGUGGUAGUUGUAGAAGAGGGCGCGGGCCAAAAAGGCUGCUUUCAGAGUACACGUUAUUUCCGUGGGACCUCAACAAUUGAAAACAUUUCAGACCCAUUUUAGCUACUUUUUUCAGGGAAAUGUUUUUUCCUGCAUUGUGACAUAAGCACGUCCCUGCAUUUUUGAUGGUGUCACAAGCCAUCGUGAAAGAAAAAGCAGAUGUUGUUGUUGGUUUUUUUGCAUGUUUUGUGGUUCCUCCUCAAUUAUUUCCUUAAACCCUCUUGAAAGAUUUUUUUCAUGACCAGGAUUUGAUGUUUCCUUCUACUUUCUGUAUUUCUCAUAUUCCUUGUGAAAGGAAAGUCGAUAUUUUUUCUUACAGGUUUGAUGGGCGUUCCGAUGAUUAAUCCCAAACCUCUUUAUUUUCUCAAUGAAUUUAUUUUCCUUCUCCAUAUUUAGCAUGUGGCUGCAUUUUUGUAAUCAUGUCAUGUUGCAUGUGGAGCGUGUCACGAUGUGAGACUUUACUGAUCGAAUAUCAUGUGUACAAACGUACGGUUUUGACAAGAAUCAUGAGAAUUAAAGUACGUACAUGCACAUAUAUAUAUAUAUAUA